ACUUCCGGAGCCCAGCAGCUAGUGCGGCAGUGCUGUGCUAGGUGUUCGCAGGCACCAUCCCCACUUGACGUCACAGUAACCCCGUGAAGUGGGACUUCCUCCUUCUAAUAAAGACGUGGAGCAGAAGGGAGACACCGCCUUACCAAGUGGGCCCUGAGAUCCGCUGUUAAGCACGUCAAAUGGUCUCUGCUUUCACAGAACUCACCUCUCCCCAGUGGGAGCAGGGGGAGGAAAGGAGAACACUCCAACAUGGUAAUGUUGAAUGUAUAAAGUGCGAUCAAGGGCAUAAGAUGGUCAGAUGGGUAGUCACUCCCUCUGAGAACAGGGAAGAAGGGGAGUUUUUCCAGAAAGCCUCGGCAGACUCAAACAGCACAUGAAGAGGACAAAGACCAGGCUGGGCACGGACAGACCCCUGUGUCCAGGUGUCCACACAGGAGGGGCAGGGGAACGGCAGCCAUGUGUGCACAGGAAGGCCUAAAGAAAGUACAGCGGGGGUGUGCAGCACAGAAGCUACAGGUCAGAAUGAAAGGAAGACACUGUGCCAACGCCGUCUGGGGAACGCUCCUGCUGCUGGGGAGCAGGCAAUCGUAAUCUACUUUCAGCUACAGACUGCAGUAACCUCCAUCUUCCAGACUCUAGAGAAACGGACCAGGCAGUGUAUACACACUGGCUCUUUUUACUCAGCAGAAGUAUUUCCACAUUCCGUGCUGCCGAAUGCACCACUAGAGUAUCGCUCUCUAUGCUCGAGCCAUGGGAGUCUGCUGAACACACCACCACGAUUCGCCUACCUGCUACCUUCUGGGACGCCUGUUCUCCGUCAGAUUCCCACGCGCACUGGCCAAGGCCUGCUCGGCCCCACAAGCCUGUCCAGCUCACACCGACACUCAUCAUCCAGCAGAAGAUUAUCACUAGGAUGACAAUCACUUCAGUUACAGGCACCGUGGAAGGACGUUUGAUUCCCUGGAAGGCUCUGCUGGACAGUGAGCAUGCAAAUCAGGGAGUCAGAAAGCAGGCACAGCCGCAAGGAGCACAGGACACCGCCGCCCACAGUCUUGGGGAAACGUCUGGAACACACCCCGUCCACAGUCUUGCCCAAGUACCAUUUGUACUAACUGCAGUUCAGCGGUCUCGCCCCAGCACUUCCUGUACCCUUUACCUCAUAAGGACACAGCACCCCAUCUCAUCUCUCACAGUCACGAUGGGGACUGCAGUAUUUCACAGUUGUUCUUUAGCAGGUAAAGAAACUCCUGUGCUUUCCUAGUUUUUACCAUGAAUGAAUAUUGGA